UCAGGGUUCCCUAAGCACUGGGCUGGCUGCUGCGGGGAACCUGUGAUAGAUGGGACCAUUCCCAAAUGGCCCUUGCGCUGCUCCGGCUUGUGGGGUGCCACCCUGUGCCCCACAAAUGCCUUCCUGCCGGCUUGUGGGGUUGCUUAGUGCAACCACGAUGGGUGGCAGAGACGUGGCUGCGACUGGGGUGGGACUCGGGAGCAUCUCCGGCAGCGAUGCCGUGGUGGCCGCGGUAGAUGCCACCUCCAGGGCAUCAAUGCCCAUCCUCUCUGGGGUCUUGGGUGGCACGGGGGGGGAGACGCAUCCACUGGCACUACACGUUCCCGGCUCAGCACCCCUAACUGAGCUCCCGUUCCCAACGUUCAGCUCCCAAAUCCCAACGCUGCUGGGAAAUGGCAAAAUCCCGGCCAUGGGGUGACCCAUCCCCGAGCCAGCCAGGGCCCGGUGCCCGGAUGGCUGUUCCCACGCGGUGCUGCGCGGCUGUGCCGUGCCGUGCUGGAUGGGGAGCCGUCAAUGUGGCCGGGAAGGAGGCGUUUCCCGGCCCCACGCUGGCCCUGGGCCAGGCUCCGAAAUGAGACGCCUUGCACCACACCGCAGCUGGCGGCGCACAGGGAGCUCCCACUCACACCUCCCCGCGGUAUAAAACCCCGGUGCGCCGCAGCCCGCGCAGACCCAGGAGAGCCUGUGGAGCAGCUCCUCAAGACCCCGUUGGAGAGGACAGCCCCACCACCGCUGCCACCGAGGACCCACAGACCCUGCGAGGAGCAGCAUGGGCCAGUGCAACUGCCGCAAGAAGCGCAAGGACUGCCAGGAGCUCACCGACGUGGAGCGCGCCAUCGAGACCGUCAUCAACCAGUUCCACUGCUACGCGGUGAAGGGACAGAAGGAGUACCUGACGCCCAACGAGAUGCAGGAGCUGGUGACACAGAAGCUGCCCCACCUGGGGAAGUGCGUUGGACCCCUGGAGGAGAAGAUCGAAUGCAUGGGAGAUCCUGACGAGGCCAAGCUGGAGUUUGGAGAGUACUGGGACAUGAUGGGGGAUGCGGCCAAGGGCUGCCGGAGGAAGUAGACGGCGGCGGGGGAAGGGAAGGCGCCCGAGGCCUCAGGCUCUGCACCGAGAAGCGCGAGAGGCUGUUGGUCCCCGUGGAAUGCGCCUGGGAAAAUGCAGCGUCGCUCCCACCGGGGCUCGUCUCCUCCCCGCGACCCCAGCCGGGGCGGAGGGAUCCCCCUCCCCGGCUCCAUCCCUGCCCUCUCUCAUCUCUCCUUCCCGUCAGGAAACCUUCCUUCCCAUCCCCAGCUCUGGCCUGUGCCAUGGUGGGAGGGAGGUGGCAAGGGGGUUCCUGGCCCCAGCUCUGAAGCUGCCUUUCUCCGUCCUUUGCUCCAGAGCCUUUACCCCCAGGGUUGUCCUCCAGACCCAAAACCCCUCCGGUUGCAGGUCCCCCAGCCCCGGAGCAUCGCAGCGAGAGGGACUCGGCUCCUUUCCCCCCAAAACCCUUGCGUGUGCGGGCUCACCCCCUGGCCCCAUGCCCCGCCACCCAACGGGAGCCCCUUUGCCACCGCUCUGCCUCGUGCUUCGAGCUCCUUCGGGGGCGUCCCGGGCUCCGGGCUGGCCCCAACGUUGCCGUUCGUUGCCUGGGCGAAUUCUCUGCUCCAGUCCUGGUGCAGGGACCACAGUGCCCUGUGCCCGCCCAGGUUUUGGGGUGCUGUGCCAGGGCGUGCCACCUGCGCGGUGCUCCCCCGCGUGCCCCUCUGCAGGGAUGCUGGCCCCCGGCUGGCGGCUGGGCUCGGGGCUGGGACGGUGGCGGGUUGUUAUCAGCUUGCGUCACUUGCAACCAUUUUUGUAUAAAUUAAUAAAGGAAAACACU